UCUUGGGACCCGUUAGUCAGGCGCGAUCGUUCAUUUCUCAGAGAGACGGUGUUCGUGCGUCGCUAGUGCUUCAGGAAAGGAAAUCACUGGGAACUUGAAAAUAUCAGAUAAGGCACUUUAGCCUCACGCACCGGUCGCAGUUUAAUUAACCUCAGCGAGGUAGCGGAGAACAUCAUCAGGUCACGUGGUUACCUAAAAUAUGUCACCUCCAACAACUUCUGUCACUAAUCCUAAGAGCCUGAUUACUGCGGACAAUGUAAAACAAGUGCUCCAAGUCGACAAAGGAAAUGAUGCUCUUUUAACAUCGUGGAAUAUUGUUGAUUUCACCAAACGUGGAGAUAACCUUGCCUGUGAAGUAACAAGCGUAGAAGUUAAGUACUCGAUGUGUGGUCAAGAAAAUUGUGAUGUCACUUAUGUUGUAAAACUGAAUCCACUUAGGAAUUUUGGAGAUUUUCAAGAAAUAGAACCAAUUCUCUUUACAAAGGAAGGCAAGUUUUAUGAAGAGCUUGUUCCAGUGUUAAAUGAAGCUCUAACUUCUGCAGGCCAAGAACCUCUUCGUCUUCCUAAAUGUUUUCUUGUUUCCUUAGAAGAGGGAAAAGAACAACUUUAUUUUGAGGAUCUAAGAGCAAGAGGUUUCAAAAUGUUCGACAGAAGAAAAGGUAUGGAUAAAUAUCAUGUUGCUCUUGUCAUUUCCGAGCUUGCCAGACUCCACAGUGCAUCUUACCUCUUAAAGGAGAAGAUUCUGGAGGGAAAGGCUGCAGCAUCCAAAUACGAAUUUCUUUCAAAAGAUUUUCUAACUUUCACUCCCAAUUCCAAGGCAUUAUUUGUGCCAUGGUUUCAAAGGUCCAUUGAUACCGGGGUAAUGAUGCUGGAGAGCAUUGGUGGAUAUGAGAAUGCCAUUGCCUUCUUGGAAUCCAUUAAAACUGACAUGUCCUACUACUUAUCUGCUGGUCUUCAAAGUAAGAAAGUCAACAAUAUAUGCCAUGGAGACUGCUGGAACAACAAUAUCCUGUUUAGAUAUGACGAAGAAGGCCACCCUGUAGAAGUUAUGUUAGUUGACCUUCAGGCAUGUCGUGAAGCUUCGAUUGCAUGCGACUUGAAUUACUUCUUGUAUACAAGUGUCACUGGAGAUGUGAGGAAACCAAACCUUGACCAUUUUAUGUCCGUUUACUAUUCAGCCUAUAAAGGAGUCCUCGAAGGAAGUAACACGCCAAUGCAUUUUACCGAAGAGGAAAUCGGGGAGGAAUUCAGAAGCAAAAACACACUUGGUUUACUUUUCGCCAUAUUGGUCGUACCAACUAUUUUGAUGGAACCAGAAGAAACUCCAGACUUCUCUGACACAAAUUUCGUGACCCUCAUGCAGGAAUUUAAAGCCCUUGCUAUGAAAAAGCUCAAAACUAAUCCCUUAUGCAAGACUCGCUUUCUGGCAGUUUUUGAUGAACUCAUGGAAAGUGGACUGAUUUCUUAAGAUGCUAGUAUGGGAAAAUUGCAAGGUCCGCGAAACUAUCUUUCAGCGAAUAUGUUACUGAAUUUUAAAAUGUGCAGAAUGUUCUUGAAUGUUAAGUGACAUAAAUCAUGGCAUGUAAUUUUGUAGAACAUUAUAACAUUGUUGUAUAUAUACU